CGAGUCGUCACGUGACACGGAAGUGACUACGAACAGGAAGAGGACGAAAAAAAUAACCGUCCGCGACGCCGAGCCGAACCGGACCUGCAGCCACGAUGAACAGCAAAGGUCAAUAUCCAACGCAGCCAACCUACCCUGUGCAGCCUCCAGGGAAUCCAGUGUAUCCUCAGACCUUGCAUCUUCCUCAGGCUCCACCCUAUACUGAUGCUCCACCUGCCUACUCAGAGCUCUAUCGUCCGAGCUUUGUGCACCCAGGGGCUGCGACAGUCCCCACCAUGUCAGCUGCAUUUCCUGGCGCCUCACUGUAUCUUCCCAUGGCCCAGUCUGUGGCUGUUGGACCUUUAGGUUCCACAAUCCCCAUGGCUUAUUACCCAGUUGGUCCUAUCUAUCCACCUGCCUCCACCCCCUGGAUGCCCUCCCAAUGCUGCUCAGCUUGCAGUCAUGCAGGGAGCCAAUGUCCUCGUAACUCAGCGGAAGGGAAACUUCUUCAUGGGUGGCUCAGAUGGUGGCUACACCAUCUGGUGAAGAACCAAGGCCACCUCUGUGCCGGGAAAGACAUCACAUACCUUCAGCACUUCUCACAAUGUAACUGCUUUAGUCAUAUUAACCUGAAGUUGCAGUUUAGACACAUGUUGUUGGGGUGUCUUUCUGGUGCCCAAAUUUGCAGGCACUUUUCAAACUUAAUAAGGAACCAUGUAAUGGUAGCAGUACCUCCCUAAAGCAUUUGAGGUAGGGGAGGUAUCCAUUCAUAAAAUGAAUGUGGGUGAAGCAGCCCUAAGGAUCUUCCUUUAAUUCCUCCGGAGUAAUACUGCACCAUACUGGUCUUUGCUUUUAGUAAUAAAACAUCAAAUUAGGUUUGGAGGGAACUUUGAUCUUCCUAAGAAUUAAAGUUGCCAAAUUAUCCUGAUUGGUCUUUAAUCUCCUUUCAGUCUUUGAUUUAUAUUACUUGUUAUAAAUGAAAUGCAUUAGUUGUCUGCCUUUUCCUUUCCAUCCUUUGCCCCACAUCCCAUCCUCAACCCUAGUCUUCCAUCCUUUCCGCCAAUCUCCAUUGAAUCAAUGGUGCAGGACAGAAAGCCAGUCAGACUAAUUUCCUUCUCUCCUUGCACUUCUCCCCACUUGUCAUCUUUUAACUAGUCUUUCACAAGGAUCCUCUGAAACCCCCUGUGCCCCGAGCACAGGCCCCAUUACUUCUGCUUUUGCAUCGCCUCAGGCAAAAGUGGAGGGUGUCUCUUGGACCCUCCUCAUAGGUUGUCUCUUCAUACAUGAACCAAACCCAAAUUUGUUUCGUGCCAGAAAAACUGAGCUUUGUUGGAACAAAGGCUGUCAGCACAAACUGUACUGUAAACAACAGUUUGUUUAUAAUUUGAGGGGCAAGGAGGAGGAUGCAUUUCAAAAGCCUGAUGACUUUAGAGCCAAAUUAGGGGGAGUUUUCAGAUCAAAAAUUGGUUAUCAUUUAUUGUCAGCGUCUGGUGCAGCCUCUUGAGGCUCCCAAGAAUUCCUAAGCUGGGUUAAUGGGGUCGUAUUUUGAACACCUCACUACAAAAUGACUUGAGUCCAGUGAAAUCUCAUUAGGGUUAAGACUAUUUCAGGGAUCCUUAAUAUUUUGAUUUUUGUUUUCUGAAAUUGGAUUUUAUUUUAUCUUUUAAUUUCAGUUCAUCUAAAUUUUGUGUUCUGUACAUGUGAUGUUUGACUGUACCAUUGACUGUUAUGGAAGUUCAGCGUUGUAUGUCUCUCUCUACACUGUGGUGCACUUAACUUGUGGAUUUUUUAUACUAAAAAUGUAGAAUAAAGACUAUUUUGAAGAUUUGAAUAAAGUGAUGAAGUUGCAUUACACCUCA